ACGACGAUCCAGUAAUUUAAGUGGAAGCAAAACGCAGUAGACGGCGAUAAUACAAAAUACAAAUCGACGAGAGAGAGAGAGAGAAAUCGAAGAGAGAGUGAGUGAGUGAUCGGAUUUGCUUAAUUCGCUCAUGAGAGCUGAUUCUGCAUCAACUCUGAAGCGGAGGAGACUCACCACAAUCGACCCAAUGGAUUCAGAAUCAGCUAAGGUGAAGCUUGAAGCUGCAAAGCAAAAAUGUGGACGAGAAAUCCGCGUGUUUGAAACCUCGCCUGCUUCUCCAAUGCCCAAUGAUGUGUCUGGUGGUGAGGAGCCAGAUGACUUCUAUGAGUUCACUGCAGAGGAUUAUUAUCGAACUUUGCCCAACAGAAAGGAAGAUAAAUUCUUGAAGACAAGAAAAAUUCGAGAAGCUGAAGAAGCUGCUCGUAGAUCAAAAAUAACUAAGGCUGUGAUGAGGGUACAAUUCCCUGAUAAUUGCACAUUAGAGGGCACUUUUCAUCCAUCAGAGACAAUCCAGAGCUUAAUUGAUCUUCUUAAGAAAGUGAUUGCCCAACCAGAACUACCAUUUUAUAUAUAUACUACUCCUCCGAAGAAGCAAGUGAAAGACAUGUCCCUGGAUUUUUAUUCUGCUGGAUUUGUCCCUGGUGCAAUUGUGUAUUUCUCUUAUGACCAACUACCACAGGGAGAUGAUUGUCCUGCUGUUUCAGGUCCAUUCCUCCAAGAGGAUAUAUUGUCUUUGAAAGGUUUGGAACUCAUCCCUGAAAAGGAGGAGGAGCCAGUUGAAGCGGUCCCAGAACCUGUAAUUGCCAAUUCCUCCUCUGCUGUCCCAGAGAGAAAACCUACUGGCAAAAAGCCUGUUAAGCCAAAGUGGCUGAAACUGUGACUUGACUCUACGUGUGAGAUCUUACUCUGUCGAUUCUUAGAUUUCUUUUCUCUCUCUUUGUAAGCUUCGUGUGUGUUGUUAAAGUUACCGUUACAUUUUUAAGUUAGGAAUUAUAUGUGUGUUUAUAUGCUCUGAUCUUUGAGUUUCCAAUGUGAACACUUUUGUGUUAUACUGCUACAAGUUUUAGUCUAUUUCUUCAUGUC